ACUUAAUCUCCAGUUUUAUAUCUUCUGGAGACUUCUUUGGUUUACCUUUUUUAACUUGGGAGAGAAACAGAGAGAAAGAAGUAAAGAAAAAUUAUUUCUUUUCUCUCUUUUCUCUCCAACACAACUUGACCAUUUGGUGUUGAGUUUGAUAAAGAUGUAAUCUUUGUAAGUCUAUAAGGCGUUUUGUUGUAAGAUACAGGUGGGUUUGGUUUGGUUUUGGAUUUUGUUUUGUGGGUUGUGUUUGGUUUUGUAAUUUGUCGACUUGAAAAGGAGAAAGUUUGAGUCUUGUUUGGUGUUGAAGAAAAAUGGCCAAUGGAGAAGAGAAAAGCAAUGACUUGUAUGGAGUUUUGGGAUUGAAUAAAGAAUGUACAGCAACAGAGCUGAGGAAUGCCUAUAAGAAACUUGCACUGAGAUGGCAUCCAGAUCGUUGUUCAGCAACGGGAAAUUCAAAGUUUGUUGAGGAAGCCAAGAAGAAAUUUCAGGCCAUUCAACAAGCCUAUUCUGUUCUGUCUGACGCCAACAAGAGGUUUCUGUACGACGUAGGUGUCUAUGACAGUGAUGAUGAUGAUGAUGAUCAAAAUGGAAUGGGUGAUUUCUUGAAUGAAAUGGCAUGCAUGAUGAGCCAAACAAAGACUAGUGAAAAUGGGAAGGAGAGUUUUGAGGAAUUGCAGGAGUUGUUUGAAGAGAUGUUUCAAGAGGACGUUGAGGCAUUCGGUUCUAGCUGUCAGGAUACUAGUUCAUGUUCUACUUCUUCAUCGUCAUAUGUGUCUUACAGUGAUGGUUCGAGUACAAACAAGCGCAAUUCAUCUGAAAUGACUUCUGGGAAGACAAAUGCUGAGGGUUCCUCUAGUUUCAAUGCUCAUUUUCAGAGUUUCUGUUUUGGGACAGGUGGAACACCAGCAAAAUUUCAUGAAGGGGAAGGGAGUAAGAGGAGGAAUUCCAGGAGGAGCGGGCGGUAGCCAAAGACACAGCAAAAAACAAAAAUUUUUCAUCUGGCUAUAAUCUCUCCUCCCAUGAUUAUUCAAGUAUUUCUGCUUCAUGAUGCACUAGUUGACAUAUCAUCAAUGAUUGCUAAUCCAACCCCAGCAUUUAGGCCAAACUUACCAUAUUAACUUAAACGCCGCGAGAGGCGAAGCCUUGGAAGUCCUCAUGACCAAUGCUGAAUCACAGUUGGAGAAAUCUUGAAUCAUGGCGUGGAGGAUGCUGAACACCACCAGCAAUGAAGCAAAAGCUAUAACCAACUUAAGUUGCUUACCUUUCUUCUCUUGCUUGAGGGUUUAGUUAAAUAGGAAACAGAUGAUUGUAAGAGCUUAUUAAACAUUUAAUAACUAGUUUCCCUGAUGCUACAUUUUACAUUUAAUCUUUCCAAACUUAUCAUACAGUGAGUUUUAUAUAUUUAUGUGCAUACAAAAUGGUCCCUUUUGAUCCCAA